AUGAGGAAGCGAGGAGUGUCCGUAACCGAACUUCAAAGUCUGGUUCUCGGUUCAGCCUUCCGACUUGCAGGGAUCAUGCUAGCAUUCAUUUCCGCGGUCUACGGAUGCAUGGAGUUAUUUGGCUUAAUACCAGAUAUCUCUGAGAAUGGAGAUGUGCUCGCUCUCGACCUGGACCGCGCCCAGGAAUUCAACAGCGCGCUGACUCCUGAAGAUGUGAAAGAAGGCCCCGGCCUCCCUGCCGUAUUCCCGAUGUGA